UGUGUUCUUGUGUGCGUGUGUGUUUGUGCGAGCAACAUCAAUAAGUGAAAAAAUACACAGUAAUGAAGAUUGCAAGCAGCCAAGGAGAGUUAUUGUGUUUUUUUAAGUAAAACGAAAUUCUUUAACAAUUACGCUGGUCGUUGUGACAAAAAGAGAAUAAAAGUUUAAAAUCCAUUGGAUAAUCGUGCAACAGCUUAGCCCGUAAAGCUGGACGAAGGAAAUAAACGCGUUUCGUUAAUGUUUUUCCACUGAAGGCCAGUCACGCUCGCCUACGCCUUUUGGUCUGGUUGGUGGAGGUCAAUCUUUCAUACAUUCGGUGGUCGGUCGCGUCGCUGUUGUCUGUUUGUUUCUAUUGUUUUCUGUGUGCUACCGUCGCAGUCGGAACAAAAAAACAACACAUUGCAAAAAUACUAGCGUUUACUGUUCUGUUUGGAUUGUCUUCGUUUCCAUUUGACAUUUCCUUGAUACGAGCAACCUUGCAAAUAGAAAACAGCCAUCACGUUAGCCUCCCAGCAGUUUACGUUCAACGCCACCAUGCCGUUGGCUGAUCUUCACAAAGAUCUAAGGCAACAGCAGCAAUUGGGCGUAACCACGGCCGCAAACAUUCCCACAUCCUCGUCAUCAUCCUCAUCGAAUCUGUGUAAUCUCAACGAACAUGUGGGUCUGGCGCGUAUGCAGAUUACUUCCUCCGGCUGCAGUAGCCUGGCGGUAACGCCAAUGGAACAUACACCCACAGAUGAGGAGAGCACUGGCAUAACAACGGUUUCUAAUUGUCAAAGGCGCCAGCAGCAUCAUCACCAUCAACAGCUGCUGACCAACGACCCGUUGAGUUUACGCAUCGAAACCACAGAGCUGCAGGCAGCUUUGGACAAACAUCAUCACCAACAUCUGGAUGCAUCAUCGAAUGAUUUAAUGGAUUUGAGUGACUCCGAGUGUUAUUCAUCGACGGGCCAGUCUGCGGGUUUAGGCGAUUGUGAGCUGAGGGAAAACGAAUUUGACAUACGGGAGGUCAUCAAAGAAGGCCAUGACAAAGCAGAUCCUUCACAAUUUGAAUUACUUCGUGUUCUGGGCGAAGGUUCUUUCGGCAAAGUGUUUCUGGUGCGUAAAAUCAUUGGCAAAGAUGCGGGUACUUUGUACGCCAUGAAGGUUUUGAAAAAGGCCACAUUGAAGAUCAAGGACAGAGUGCGCAGCACAAACGAACGUAAAAUAUUGGCUGAUGUGGGUCAUGCAUUUAUUGUCAAACUGCAUUAUGCCUUUCAAACACCGGGUAAAUUGUAUCUGAUAUUGGAUUUUUUACGUGGUGGUGACCUGUUUACUCGUCUGUCCAAAGAGGUAAUGUUCACCGAAGAAGAUGUGAAGUUUUAUUUGGCUGAACUGGCAUUGGCUCUUAAUCACCUGCAUUCCUUGGGCAUAAUUUAUCGUGAUUUGAAACCUGAAAAUAUACUCCUAGAUGAAAAUGGUCACAUUGCCCUGACUGAUUUUGGUCUUUCGAAACAGCCUUUGGAUGGUUCGAAGACCUAUAGCUUUUGUGGUACUGUGGAAUAUAUGGCACCGGAAAUUGUCAAUCGCAAAGGUCAUGAUUUUGCUGCCGAUUGGUGGUCUUUUGGUGUACUCAUGUAUGAAAUGUUGACGGGUAAUUUACCAUUCCAUGGCCAAACUCGCCAAGAGACCAUGACACAAAUCCUAAGAUCUAAAUUGGGUAUGCCAGAAAAUCUUUCACCCGAAGCCCAGGCCUUGUUGAGAGCUCUUUUCAAACGAAAUCCCCAAAAUCGUUUGGGUGCAGGACCCAAUGGCAUUUUGGACAUUAAGGCCCAUUGUUUCUUUGCCACCAUCGACUGGGUUCGCUUGGAAAGGAAAGAGGUACGGCCCCCAUUUAUACCUGCAGUUUCACGCGACGAUGCCUUCUACUUUGAUGUGGAGUACACAUCAAAAUCGCCCAGAGACUCACCUGGAGGACCGAUUUCCGCCUCAGCCCAUGAAAUAUUUCGUGGAUUUAGUUUUGUUGCUCCCAUGCUAUUGGAACAAACCCUCAACAAUGACACACAAUCACCGCCCUCUCCCUAUCUGCCAUGUCAAGAGCCAGCACGCACGCUACCCGGCGUCCUGCCGGGUAAUUUCCACAACGACUACAAUGUGCUGCAGGAGCUGGGUCGUGGCACAUUUUCCGUUUGCCGUCUGUGUGAGCACAAAGCCUCCAAGAAACAUUUUGCUGUUAAGAUAAUAGAAAAAGCUGCAUAUAUGGCGAAUUCAUCUUCGUCGGAUUGCUGGGAGGAAGUUGAAAUUAUGUUGCGCUAUGGCAAUCAUCCAAAUAUUGUAACACUAUUUUCCGUCUACGAAGAUUCAUCAUCGGCAUAUUUGGUAAUGGAACUGCUGAAGGGUGGUGAGCUCUUGGAUCGUAUUUUGGCUGUUGGUCAAAUGUGUGAAAGUGAAGCUAGUGCUGUGCUAAGGACAAUGGUAUCUGCAGUGGCCUAUUUGCAUGAACACGGUGUGGUGCAUCGUGAUUUAAAGCCAUCGAAUAUGAUUUACGCGAGUAUGAAGCAAACACCGGAAACGUUGAAACUCUGUGAUUUGGGUUUCGCCAAACAAUUACGUGCCGACAAUGGCCUGCUGAUGACACCAUGCUAUACGGCUAAUUUUGUUGCACCCGAAGUAUUAAAACGUCAAGGUUACGAUUUGGCAUGUGAUAUAUGGUCAUUAGGUGUACUGCUUUACAUUAUGUUAUCGGGUCGUACACCGUUUGCCUCAACACCCAAUGAUUCACCGGGAGUGAUAUUAAAACGUAUCGGUUCGGGACACAUUGACUUUUCGGCACCACGUUGGACAAACAUUUCCACUGCCGUCAAGGAACUUUUGGGAGAAAUGUUACAUAUAGUACCCGAAAAUCGACCAACUGCAGCUAAGAUAUUAAAACAUCCUUGGUUGACGGAACAAAAGGCCGGCUCUGUACGUUUAACGGAAUAUUAUGUGCCAUCGCAUCAGGACCAGCCAAGUGCAGCAGCGACGACGACUGCAACGAGUUUUGCCAGUAAUGCCAAUACGGCACGAGAAGCUAAUGCGGCUUUGCGUGGAGCUGUCGAUGCCACUUUUCGGGCCAUUGCCAUUCCACAGGCGGCCAAUGUGGGGCCAGUAGCCGAUUCAAUGCUGGCCAAGCGACGUGCCAAAGAUCGUGCCAAUUUGAAGACGUAAUCGAAAAUGCAAAAUUGGGUAACAUUUUUCAUUGUCAAAUUGAAGCUUAACAUUUUGCGAUAAUUGUUUGUAGCAGAAGCGGAAGCAGCAGCAACAGCAGCGUUGGCAAGAAUGUCAUGGGAUUCCUUAUACUUUUUUGGAAAUAGUAAAGCUUUAAACUAUACAUAGAAAGGACAAACAACAAACAAAACAUAAUCUUUAAAAUGAAAUCUUAAAAAAAGAAAUUAAAACAAAACAUUUGCAUAACACGAGUUGUGAACCACUGGCUUACUUUUUUCUAUUCUACAAACAACAACAACAAAAAACAAGAAACAAAAUCACACACGAAAACCAAACAAAGAGCACAAAAUGUUUUUACUACUGAUGAUAUAUAAAAAAAUAUUAAUAACUUUAUAAACAAACAAAAAUAUUUAAUUAUAUAAAAAAAUAUGUAUAUUUGAAAGAGAAAAAAAAAUGAUGAAAUCCUCAAAAAAAAAAAAAAACACUAUAAAGCAGAACUUCUUUAAAGCUAUUUUUGUCUGCAAAACCCCAAAGAAGUUCUCAGCAAAACAAAAUCUUCCAUUUAUAAAAGAAAACAACAAAUGCAAACAAGUUAAUUAUUUAUUUUAUAGCGAAAUUCUAUAUAUAUUUUAAUUAUAUCUCUCAUUUUAAAUAACUGGUUUUAUUUUUUUAUAAUAAUAAUUAUUAGUAUAUCUAUGUGUAAUUUGCUUUUAUUAAUAACAACUUUUUUCCAUAUUAUAUUUAUACAUGUAUAUGCAUUAAACACAACAUAUAUAUAGUUAUGUUUUUUUAUAUAUAUAAUAAUUAUUAUGAUCAUCAUUAUUAUUGUUUUAUUAUAAACUCUCAAUUUUAUUGUAUUAUAAUCAUUAUUGUGUACAAGAAGUUAAAACAUUACCCGCCCCAUGCUAUAUUUACGAACGAGUAACGAAUCUAGUUAAUGUUUUUUUUUAUAUUUUAUCCAUAAAUGUAUUUUUUAUUUAAAGAAAAAUGUUUAUUUUUCGACCUUUAAAGGUUUAAUAAAACAUCAAUAGAAAAUUUAUAAUUUUAUACACGUUUUAAACAUUUCUUUAUACCAUUUGCACAUGUAAUUUAAAAAAAUUCGAACGAAAAAAUUAAUGAAAUGAAAUUUUUAAUUGAAAUUGAUCAUCUUUUACGCAUUAGAUCGAAAUACAAAACGAGAAAUAAUCAGAUCUAGUAACGAUGACGUUUUAACGACUAUUAAAUAUACGAUUCGAAGGACCUGUAGUGACAUUCUUUAACUGAUUUUUGGGUUGCCGACAAACAUCGGUAAAAUCGGUAAAAUUUGUCAUUCAAUUGUUAACACCUUGUCGCGUUUAGAAGAAUAUUCUAAUUCGAUGUACCGAUAAAAAAUGCCCUGCAACUGAAUUAAUUUGGAGGCAUUGUGCAAAGGAGAAGGAAAAGUAUAUUCCACAAAAUAUUUCUGAAUUUCUCGAUUCUUUUAAGACGGCUUUAGUUUCUAGGAAAAGAACGAAUGUCCAAGGUUCUAUAUAAAAGCUUAAUAUGAUGUCAUAUACUAUACUAAUCUGGGUUUUCUGAAAGAUGAGUGGUUUUCGAAUUUGUUCGAAAUACAAAAAAUAAGCAGACCUAGUAAAAAUAACGUUUCCACGACUGUUGGAUAUACCAACCGGAACAACCUAAGUUCUACUCGAAACAGCAUUAAUUUUUUUUAGUCUUUCAUAAAUUCAAGGCUAUGAGUAUUGUCAUACCAUUUCCUUUACCUUGAAAUAUAAAACGUGAUCGAUGUCGGUUCAAACCACGAUUUGGAACUCUACUUUAGCAGAUCCUUUCUCUGAAGAAAAUGUCCCUUGCAACAAAAGAAUUUUGAAGGAAGAGAGACGGUAGGAAGAGAGUAGACAUACUUCACACAACAUUUGUGAUUUUUAGAUCUCUUCUGGAAGAAUAAAGUCCAGCAAAAGCUUAACAUGAUUUCCAAAAUAUUGAAAGUUUUCUCCUUGAAAUGAUGUUCACUGAACACCCUGUCGCUUUUUCCAUUAUACUACUAUAAGAUUGUGAUGCUAUCUAAAAUGUCUAAACUGCGCCUAUAUCACUUUCCCUGAUCCUCAGGGCACUUUUCGACGACUAAAACUUGUCCAUAAGUUUAAAAAAUUGAUAAAACCGAUCCAGCCCAACUUGCCUUGAGCUGGCUUUGUCUAUAACUUAUGAGUUGUCAUAGGUUAUUAUUGAGAACUCGGCUACAUAUAUUGUGACCAACUUUUCCAACAUUUCCAUUGCAUCCAAUAUUUCAAAGUUUGUCUGGUUAUAAUGCUUCUCACUGAAGCUUCUGUCGCCUCCGUUAUUUCUGAAACGUCUGUAAAGAUGGUAAUGUUACAAAUGUCUAAACUCCUAGUUAAUGUCUAAAUUCCUAGUUUCUGCCUAGAUAAUUUUUCCUGAGCCUCAUGGUAUAUCUCGACGACUAAAACUUGACCAUAAGUUUAAAAAAUGAAUUUAUGAAAACGGAUGCAAACCGACUUGGCUUGGGCUGGUUCUAUCUAUAACUUUUGGUCAGCCUUAGGUUACGAUUGAAAACAUGGCUACAUUUGUUGUGAUCAAAUUACCUCGAAAUUUACAUAGCAUCCAAUCCAAAUCGGCUUCUGUCGCCUCAUCCAUUUCUGAAGUGUCUGUAAAGAUGGUGAUACAAUCUAAAAUGACUAAGCUUUUAGCCUCUGCCUAGAUAAUUUUCACUGAACCUUAGGGCACUUGUCGACGGACCGAUGUAGCCCGACUUGCUUUGGCUCUAUCUAUAAACUAUGGGCAUCGGUUAAGAUUGAAAACACGUCUACAUACACUGUGACCAACUUACCUUUCAAAGUUUUUCUGCUUGAAAUGCUGCUCACUGAACACAUCAGCCCCUGUCGCCCUUCCGUUUCUGAAGCGUCUGUAAGGUUCCACAAUUAAAAAAAUUAAACAGUUGCAGCCCAUAGUAUACAGUGAUCCCAUAUGCAUUGGAAGUUGUAACGGAAAUGUUUAGAUUUGAUUUUGUUUAGUAAAGUGUCAUAUUGAGUAAAAAGUAAUGUAAUUGAUAAUAAUACCAUCCGAUUUAGGGAAAUUUCAAGAUUUAGGAAACAUUUAUAUUGAAAUGGACUGUAAUAUGUCAUUUGGUGUUAUUAAUGGGUACCUCAAUUUAAUAUAACUCCCACCCCUGAUUCAAAUUAUUUGAUGGGGUUUUGCCACGUUUUUUUCAAACGAAGAUUUUGACAUUUUCAACAGAAUUUGAUACAAUUUGCCAUUUUGGAUUAUGAGUGCAAUAUUUUGCAAAAAAUUGUCCAAAAGUACCUCCAAUAUAAUGGUACCUCUACUAACAUUGCAGCGCAAACGUUAAAAUUUUUUACAUUCAUGUUUUGUUUUUUUUUUUUCUCACGGUUUGGCACCACUGUGCAUUGGUAAAAACCCAUGCAGCGCUAUUUAGCUUAGGCUGUUCCGAUCUAUUACCUAAGACCAGACCUGCUAUCUAUGCCGAUAUCCAACACUAAACUGAAAGUACCAUUAUGCCAAUUUUGUCAAAAAACUUAGCAAAAAAAAAAAAGAAAAAUUGGCCGGCGCUCUCUGAGAAGACAUUAGGGUCGCUCAUGUCACCAAUUCUCGUUCUCUUUUUCUCAACCGCGCAUCAUUUAAUUUAAAAUAACCUAGAAAUUAGAUCAUAUAUUCAACGCAAGCUGAAUCCGUAGAUUCGGAAGCAUUGAUUCCUGUAUUAAAUUGUCCCCACUUUUAAUAUUGUGUGUUGAAGCUUUAAGUUUCUCUCCAUUCUAAAAGAAUUUUCAAAGUAAUGUCGCAAUAUUUCCCAGCCUUGUUUUUAAAAAUAUUCGUUCAGCAGAAGGAUAAAACUAGCAGGCCAUGAAAUAAAGUAUAAGUUUACUUGACCUCAAGUCGAAUUAAAUUUAAUAAAAAUGAAAUACUAUAAAUUACAUGUGCAAAUGGUGUACGCUGUCAUCCCACAACCACAGCAAUAGAUGUUGUUUUUUAAGAUAACAAAUUUUUAAUUAGUAUCUGUAUUGUAUGUGUGUCACACAAAACCACAACAUGAUAUGGACCGUUCUCAAUAUAAAAUAUUUUUUUGUUUUUUAAGUCAAAAGGUAUUCAAACAAAACUCAAUUGGUAUUAUAAAUAAUAGAUUAAAAAAUACGUUGGAAUCUAUUGCAUUUAGAUGUCAUUUGUAGCAUUUGUUAGGGUAUAAAUUCAUUGGCCAGUUAAAGAGACUAAAUUAAGUUAUCCAUGGUAUUGAAAUUGGCAUUUACAUUCCUGCCAUUUGGCAGAUAUUUAGAUAUUUCUUUAAUUCAUUUCAGAACAAUGGGAUUCUGAUCUCAAACAAAUAUCUGUUUUCCUUAUAGAAAACAGAGAGAUUUAAAAUGGAAAAGAAUGAAAAAUCCCUUUUUAUUCAGAAACAUCCUAUUUGUUUUAUUUUGAAUACCAGUAUUAAUAAUUUACUUGAGCUAUGUAUUUUACAUUUACAAAAAAUGUUUAUUUACACAAACAUAAAAAGUAUACAAAAUAAAAAAAAACAAAAAAACCCUCUUAAUUGCUCCGAGUACCUCUAAUUUUUUCUUAACUCAAAACAAGCCUCUUACAAAACAAAAACACAAAAAAAAUGAUUGUAACUCUUCCUCCUUAACUCUCCGAAACCCAAAACAAUAAGAACGACAUGUAAUAGGAAAUAAAAACAAAUUACCUGUAUAACGAAAAGAACGAACAAAAGAACAUUAGAACUACUUAAGAAACCCAAAAAGAAAAUCAUGUAUUUUUGUGAAAAAUAUUAGCUAAUGAAUGAACGAAGAAGAAGAAAAAGAUAAAUCAAAGCCAAGAAAACAUGUAUUGCAAAAAAAUAAAUAA